AGUAGUGACAGUACAGAUUCGGUGACUCGGAACAGGUGUUUGCAAGUCGGCCAGCUAGGCGUGCUCUGCUCGUGUACUACGUGUACAGGCAGUGGGUUCCUCUGGUUCAUUAGGAUCCCGAGGAGUCAAACCCCGCCAGUACUGCAGUAGACCCCGAGUCACCUCCAACCACUUAUUUAGGUUAUUAGUAUUAAAACCAGUUUUCUUCACCAUUCUAGGGAGAAACUGACUUGACUGAGCAGUGAUCUCGCGACUGUAUUGCCAAGUACUAUCUUUUUUACCAAGGACCAUUACUAGCUGCUUACUGUCGUGUUGACGAUUUUAUAAUAAUAAUUUUCGUUGCUGCAUUGCAUACACACACACGCAGUGAGUGCUAGUGCCAGUGGGCCACUUGUGUCACGCCGAUUCUGUUUCACUCCACGACCGGGGUAGAUCUACGCUUCAGUCCUUCUGUCGACACAUGUCGCCUAUUGUCGGUGGUUUACAGUCAGCACGAAAAUAGAGUGUGAAAGUUGACAUUGGAAGUCACGCACUCAACACGCAUGUAUAUUCAGUGAUUUUACAAGUCAUUUGAUUUGCACCCCGUCAAUUAAUUUCCUGAAAAGGUUGAAAUUGCUGGCAAUCGGUUUUCAGUUCUUGUUCAUCAAUAUCGAUAACGGUUGCGUCGUGUUGUCCGCGGAGUACGAGUAACAGGAACGCUGGCUGAAGCGGUGGAGGCCGCUGACCCGUCCCGAACCGACGGCGCAAGCCAGGUGCACUCGCUAUCGUCACAGGUCCAGCAACAGGAACGGGGUAAAAAUUUGGACAUUGAUUGCGAGCGCAGGAAGAUAGAAGCGUAUCGCACUUCCAUUGGCGAAUCUUCCCGAGUGCGUUCGCUGUGGCAGCGCCUACGGAGUUCCUACCACGGAGGCAACGGCAUGGGGAAGCUGCGGCAACUUCGCCUCCUACUAUGGAAGAAUUUCCUUUUACAGAUCCGUCGGCCUGUUGGCGCGGUGGUGGAAAUUCUUCUGCCCAUCCUGGCAUGUGCUGUCAUGAUAGCAAUAAGGCAAGUCAUCAAGCCUCAGGAUCGCUGUUUCCGCAGCUGCUCGGACAUUGACCUUCACUACCGGGCGUCGCGUAUCAAUGUGCUCAACUCUUCUGCGCCGGUGGUCGGGUACUAUCCGGACACACCGCUGGCCCGUCGGAUCAUGGAGACGGCGAGUUGCAUGAGCAGCGGAAUGUACGUUGAAUACAACUCUUCGUUCUUCAACGAGACGGUCACCAACGAGACGUUCUUCACCAUAAACAACACGCUCAAUUUCCUCGGCCAGCCGUUUCAGAUCCGCGCCUACAACAGCUCGACCUUGCUUGAGCGGGAUGCGACCGUGUCAUUGGAUCAGACAGAUGUACUGGGAGGUAUUGUAUUUGAGGACAUUGAAAACAGUGCGACGGUGACGAGGCUACCCCGAAACAUGGAGUACGCUAUUCGCUUGCGCCCGUCAGCCGCUGGAGGACGAAAUCAGGACGGUCCGUCAUGGAGAACACGCCGCCAAGAGCCGGUCUUUGAACGCACCGGAGUAGUCCGCUAUGUGGUGUACGACGUUACAUUUGCACCGCUCCAGUACAUUAUUGACCAGGCCAUUGUGCGCACUCAGGUGGAAGAAGGCGGUCAGUGCAAGCUGAAUAGCACGCAGUGUCCGGACGUCUCGCAAGUCACCACAACCUGCACUUUCACGAGAGAUAGCGAUCAGCGACAAUUCUCUGUUCAGUUUGAUAGCACCGACGAAGACUACGUCCCAAAACUUUUUCCCAACUUACUGACCUGCUCUUGCACCAGGACAUCGUUUCUGUCAUCCAACAUGUUGAAGACAUACUCGGCGUCGUGCAGCUGUGACGUGCCCGGGUCGGAGGUGUGCAUAUCCAAUGGACCAGUGGAACUGAGUUGUUGCGGGCGCUGCGAUAACUCUCCUAAGAACAAAACAUUCCUGCCUGUUGUGGCAAAGAACUUCCCGUAUCCUAACUAUCGCGAUGACACGUUCCUGACGAUUGCUGGAUUCAUGAUCAGUUUGCUCUUCGUUCUGGCUCUCAUUUAUCCGGCGGGAAUGUUUGUUCGGGAGCUGGUUUUGGAGAAGCAAUCUCGUAUGCGUGAGACAAUGAAGAUGAUGGGGCUGAGCACGUGGAUCAACUACCUGUCCUGGUUUAUCAAGCAGGUGCUGCAAUUCUUCAUUGCAGCGCUCUUCUGCACCAUCAUCAUCGUUGGCGGGAAAGUGUUCCCAGAGAGCAGUGGGAUCCUGCUCUUCCUCUUCUUCCUCGUCUACUUCAUCGUCUCCGUCCUCUUCCUCUUCAUGCUGGCUGCGAUCUUCAGUGAUCCUCGCGUAGCCAUGAUAUCCUCCUUCGCUAUCUGGUUCGUGUCCUACGUACCGUAUUUGGCAACGUCUGCCAUGUACGACGAAAUGUCCACAGAUGCAAAGGCUGGAGUGUGCUUCUUUUUCUCAAACAGUGCACUGGGCAUGGCUAUGUUCCAGUACAGCAGACGAGAAGUUGCAACUGAAGGUGUCCAGUUCAGCAACGCUCAUGAAGGUCUGAGCGUGGAGGACGGCUUCACGAUGGCGCACAUCUUCGGCAUGCUGAUUCUGAACGGUGUAUUGUACUUGCUUAUUAUAUGGUAUGUGGAGAAUGUCUUCCCUGGGGACUACGGUAUUCCCAAGCCGUUCUACUUCUUCCUGCAAAAGUCUUACUGGCUUGGUGUGGGCGACUCGGAUGGCGAAGAUGAAGUGGAAGAGGCAGGAGAUGAAGGUGCCCAAGAGAAUCAUGAGGAGGAGCCAGUCGGUGUAACUGUUGGUAUCGGCAUACGCAACCUUCGUAAGGUCUAUCAUACUGGUGGAAAGUCUAAGGUUGCCGUGGAGAAUCUCAACCUGAACAUGUACUCUGGUCAAAUCACAUCUCUACUCGGUCACAACGGAGCAGGGAAGACAACAACAAUGUCUAUGUUGGUGGGUCUCUUCCCGCCCAGCAGUGGGGACGCCUCUAUACACGGUCAUUCAGUACGUACUGACAUAGAGAAGGUGCGCGAGAGCCUGGGCCUGUGCCCACAACACAAUGUCCUGUACGAUGCACUGACCGUGGAGGAACACCUGAGGUUCUUCUUGGAGCUCAAGACUGGCCGUCGUGGUGUGGAAGCCAAGGGCGAGAUAGCAGAUAUGAUCCAAGACCUGCAGCUAGAAGACAAAACUAACUGGAAGGCGGCGGAACUGUCCGGUGGCAUGAAGAGAAAGUUGAGUGUGGCAAUUGCGCUAAUUGGUGGCUCCAAGGUGGUUGUUCUGGAUGAGCCGACGUCUGGCAUGGAUCCUUAUGCCCGCCGCGCUACCUGGGACUUGCUGCUGAAACACAAGGAAGGACGUACCAUGCUACUUACCACGCAUUUCAUGGAUGAAGCUGAUCUUCUUGGUGAUCGCAUCGCUAUCAUGGCCAAUGGGCAGUUGGUCUGCAGUGGAUCCUCUCUCUUCCUCAAAACUAAGUUUGGUGUUGGCUAUCAUCUGACUGUCGUCAAGAAGAAUGACCAGACUGAGAGCGGGAAAGGAGCACUGGUCAAUUCCGUGACAAAGUUUGUGCCAGGUGGUCGUCUUGUCGGUGAUAUUGGUGCAGAGAUGUCGUUUGUUCUCCCUCACGAUGGUGUGGACAGCUUCUGUACUCUCUUCAGUGACUUGGAAGCCAAGAGCGCUGAAUACGGCAUCAGCAGCUUUGGUGUGUCGGUGACAACCAUGGAGGAAGUCUUCCACCGUGCCGGCGAGUCGGCUGACGUCACUCUCGAAUCGAGACUGGAGAGAAGGAACUCGGUGGUCAAGCGACAAUACUCGCAGCUGUCCUACGAACGUGAGGAGCACGACGCGGCAGACCUGCCCCAGCAGCCACAAGCUAUGGAGAACAUGGACAUGACAUCCGAUCUGCUGCAAGGAUCGUCGCUCUGGUUCCAGCAGUUCCGCGGCAUGUUCACGAAGCGCUUCCUGACCAGCAUCCGUCACCCUACCGUCAUUGUUCUACAGCUUCUCUUCCCGAUCGUAUUGACCAUCUGUGCACUGCUCGUCAUCAAGCUUGUACCUACUAUUCGCUCUGACCCGGACCUCACGCUGAAAUUCAGCAAUCUCAAAUUUACUCGUGCCUACACUGCUGAUUAUCGCGAUUCCCCGACUUGCCCUGAUCCUGUUUGCAAACGCACCCCGUUGAAUACGUCUUCGCCUGGCUUUGGUUACCUGAGCAAUCCAUCCAACAUCGAACCAAUGGAUAUCACCGCCGACUCUGUGCGCUUUUCACCGGGCAACGCCUCGCCCGACUGCUGCAGCGAAAACUUCAUCUUGCACGAGUCGUGCAUUGCGGAACGUUACGCCAAUGUGACCUAUUUCGGUGGACAAGGCAAUUUGGGAGUAUUCUCGAGCUGUGGCGAGUCUUUUGGCUACAAGGAAUGUAGCGUCUGUCUGAACGCACGCGCCACGCUCAAUGGCCGGCGACGACUGGAUACGGCAACAUUGGCGAGAGAGUUCUCCGGAUCAUGCGAAGACAAUGACCAAUGCCCGAGUGCUCCCACACUCACUGCUGCUCGCCGUCAAACCACAUGGUUCCAAGCUAGGGUGCUUGAGAAUGCCAACACGGGUGAUUACUUCAAGGAGUGGCAAUCCGGAUACUCAUUGCACUCAGGUGAUGGCAGUGACUUGCCCGAUGCGGUCAGGGGCGAUGGCCGUGCCAUGGACAUUGAGGCGAACUGUUAUCAAGAGAUUGCCGUGCCUUGCGACCAGCCUGACCCAUUGAAAACCAUAUCGUAUGGCAACAGCCCCAACUGCACAGCAUACCUACCUGUGCCAUCCUGUUUCCAGACGGCGUAUGAUCCGGAAGGCUAUAACAUGUAUGCCAGAGUCUGGCAUUCAGCUAAGGGUAUUCACACCUUGCCAUACGCCGUCAACACUUGGUCUAACAUGCAUCUACGCAACACGCUGAAUGACGCUAGCUACUCCAUCACCACCGUCAACAGUCCGCUGGACAAGACCGUGGAAGACCAGGCGGAAGCUGUUUCAAGCGAUGGUGGCUCUCUGUCGUUUGGGAUUGUAGCUACCCUCGGAAUGUCUUUCCUGACUGCCAGCUUUGCAUUCAACCCGAUUGACGAGUAUCGAUCCAAAUCUAAGCACAUUCAGUUUGUCAGCGGAGUGCACAUCUCUGUGUAUUGGGUGGCUAACUACGUGUGGGACAUGAUCAACUACCUGAUCCCACUCGUAUUCCUCAUGAUCGUAUAUGCGGCGUUCGACAUUGACGCCUUCAAGGGUUCUAACUUUGGAGCAGUAGUUGUUUUGCUGUUGUUGUUCGGCUGGAGUGGAAUACCGCUAGGGUAUCUCUGGUCGUUCUUGUUCAGCAAUCCACUCGUCGGCUACGGAACCAUUGCAUUCUUCCAGUUCAUCUUGGGGUUGGUGUACUUGGUGGUCGUGUUCAUCCUUCAAAUCUCGACUAGUGUCUCACAGGCUGCUACGGACACUACUCGCCGAGUGUUCUUCACACUACCUCAUUACAGUCUGUCGCAGGGACUGACGGAUAUCUUCCAGAACUAUGAGACGCGGGCUGUGUGUGACCAGCUACCUACCAUGGCAGAACUCCUGGCCAGCACUGUGACAACUGGCGCUCGCUUGCAGAGCAGGGAAGCCUGCUACUACGCCAGAAGAGUGCGAUCGGACGUGUUCGACUGGGAUGAGCCCGGUGUGGGCAAGGAGGUUGUCUACAUGGCCCUCGCCGGCCCUGUCUUUUUCAGUCUCACACUGCUUGUGGAGUACUUCCUGCGUCUCAACUUCUCGUCCGCGAGCAAACGUCCGUGUGAUUUGCAACCGACUGAAGGUGAAGAUGAUGAUGUGGCAGCAGAGAGAAGACGCAUCGAGGCCAUGGGCUUCCCGAGUGAGAGCGACAACGAUCUAGUAAUCAUGAAGAAUCUGACCAAGUCGUACUCGGGCUCCAAGCUGGGCAGACCGUCUGCAGACAACCUCUGCCUGGGCAUUCCGGCUGGCGAGUGCUUUGGACUUCUGGGCGUCAAUGGUGCGGGUAAGACUACGACGUUCAACAUGCUGACUGGAGAUGUGCUACCAACGUACGGUACAGCGUUCCUGAGCGGGUUUGAUGUGCGAAACCAGCUGAGAGAGGUGCAACAGCGCAUUGGAUACUGCCCACAGUUUGAUGCUCUAUGUGAGAAGCUGACAGCGUAUGAGCUACUGACCAUGUACGCCCGACUGCGUGGCAUUCCCGAGGAGCGUAUUUCACCACUCGUCGACAACGCCGUGAAGCAGUUGAACCUGACCAAGUGGGCCGAUCGGCAGUGUGGAACUUACAGUGGCGGAAACAAGCGCAAGCUGGGCGCUGCUGUCGCUCUCGUUGGAGACCCACCUAUCGUCUUCCUGGAUGAGCCGACCAGCGGUAUGGACCCGGGUGCACGUCGUUUCCUCUGGGAUGUGCUGGCCAAUGUGAUGCGCGCUGGUCGCAGUAUUGUUCUCACAUC